AUGAGGGCUGCUGCCGCAGCAGCACUGCUGCUGGCCUCGUGCUGCGACGCCGCCUCCAGUAACGCCACAACCGCCCCCACCACUCAGCCGGCCGCCGCCUCUACGCCGCCGCCGACGCUCCGGCCGACGCUCAAAAGCACGGCCGCACCAACUCGCAAGACGUCCGCGCCGACGCCGGGCCCAACAGCUGUACCAACGACGGCCGCGCCGACGGGAGCGCCGACGGGAGCGCCGACAUUAGGACUGAACGCUCAGCGAAACUCGUGGGGCUUCGUUCUCGGCGUCGUCCAGCUCUACGCGUUAGCGAUGGUCCUGCUGCUGGUCUUCCGCGAGGCCUUUCGAAAGCGCGCCUACGUCUACGCGUCGCGGCGCCAACUUACGUCUACGCGGCUCGCGAAGCUGGGACAAAGGGCCACGGGCCUCGAGCGCCACGCGCGGCCCGUCGGGGGCGCCUGCGACUGGGCGCGGCGCUCGGUCUCGUGCCCGGACAUGGCGCUGAUAGAACUUCACGGCCUCGACGCCUACGCGUGCUGCAGCUUCCUGGCGCUCUGCGCGCGGCUCGCGGCGUUCUGCUGCGCGCUCGGCUGCUGUGUGUUAUUGCCGAUCUACUACUGGGCCGCGCGGCCACUGGAAGAUUCGGGCCUCGCGGCGGCGGAUACAGCUGCCCGCCAGCGCGCCGCAUUCGCGCGCGUCACGCUCGGCGCCGUCGCGACGGACGCGACCGACCGGGCGCGCGCGCGGACGGCGGCCUGGGCGGCCGUGCUGGGCGCCUGGGUCGUCGCGCUCGAGGUCUACCGCGCCGUGCGCGCGCGGUACCGCGCCUACCGCGACGCGCGGCUGGGCUGGCUGCUGCGCGGCGACCCGGACUGGCCGCGCGCCGCGUCGUAUACUGUAUCCCUACAACAUUUGCCGCCGGCGCUGCGCGACGAGGCGGCGCUCAAGGCCCACCUCGAGACGCUCUUCCCCGGCGAGGUCGCGGCGGUGCGCCUCGUCGUCCCGGAGGACGAGCGCCGGGGCCGCUGCGACGCGUUCUUCGCGCGGCUGACGGAGCGGCUCCGGGGGCGGCGCGAGGGCCUGCGCGAGGGGCUCCUCGACGGCGACCCCGACGAUGAGGACCGGGGCGGCGUGGACGCGCACCUGCCCUUCCUCUGCGAGGAGCUCUAUCUUUUAGUAAGGGGCCGACCGAGCCGGUCGACGGCCUUCGCCACGUUCUCGACACUUCGAGCGGCGACCGUCGCGGCGUCCGUGAAGCUCUCGGCGCGCGCGUUCACGGUCGUCGCGGCCCCGGCGCCGCGGCCCCGGGACAUUAUUUGGAGGCACGCGGCGACGGCGCUCCGCCAGAGGAGGUUAAGGACCUGGGCCGUCGACUACGUCGCGGUGCCGCUCUGCGGCGUCGCGUUCCUGACGCUGCUGGGCGCCGUCGCCGCGUUCUUCCGGGAGGAGGGCGUGCAGCGGUGGUGCGCCGAGUACCUGGCGCCGUUGUUAGUGGCGCUUUCGGGCUUCGUGACCAAAAAACAAUCAAAGGAGGACGCGACGACCUUCGCGACGCGGGCCCUGGCGACGGGCGGCGGCCUCGUCUUCUUGCUGGUCGUGCCCUGGGUGGCGUACGCCGUGGCCAUCUUCUACGAGCGGCCCCUCGACCGGCGCGCCGUCGAGACGUCCGUCUUUCGGCGCUACGUCGUCUUCCAGUUCUUGUGGAUCUACGGGAGCAUCGUGAGUCUCAGUGUGGAGGACCUGACGCACGUCGCGCGCCAGAACCCGCGGGAGGCGGUCGAGUUGAUUGCCGGGCGCGUCGCGGACUCGGCGGGCUACUUCGUGAGCGCGCUCGUCGUGAAGACGUGCUUCGGCCUGGCCUGGGAGCUCGCGCGGGCCUGGGCGCUCGUCUCGAAGACGGCCGUCAAGGAACUGAGGCGAAGGCGGGGCAACCCCUUCGACGACCACGACGAGUGCGACCCGGCGCGGUACGGCUGGAUCCUGCCGAACGUCGUCGUGGUCUGUUGUAUUCUGCUGACGUUUUCGGUGGUCACGCCGCUCGUCGCGCCGUUCGCGUUAGCUUACUUCGCGGCGGCGUGGCUCGUCUACAAGCACCAGCUGCUCCACGUCUACGCGCCGCCGUGCCAGCUUGGAGGGGCAUUUUUACCGAUGUUGCUGCAGUCGCUCCUCGUGGCUCUGACGGGCGCGCAGAUCGUCCUGAUCGGCGUCUUCACGUCGUCGCGCGACUGGGGCCUCGCGGCGGCGGUCGUGCCGCUGCCGUUCGUGAGCCAACUCGUCGCGUUGGCCUACCGCAUCGGCUACCACGAUUUGUUGGACGGGCUCCCUCUGAACGUCGCCGUGAAGGUCGACCGGAGCGGUGGCCGCGUCGACGACGACGGUUCUUACGCGCCGCCCGGCGCGGUUGGCACACCGAACCCGCUGCUGCAGCACAUCGCGCGGCUCUCGGACGCGGGCUCGCGGCCGAACACGCCGCCGCGCCGCCGUAGCCCCGAGGCCUCGCCCGAGCGCGCGACGACUCCUCCGCCCCGCGACGCUUCGGACCCGACCGACGCCACGGACUACAUAUAAGAAUGUGAUGUUUUCA